AUGGACCAGAACAGCCCGACGAGGGCUCAGAUCAUCAGCGAGCAGCCGGUCAGCCGCAACGAGAUGAUGCGGGAUCCCGGCGUUCAGAGGUGCCGCGGCCGCCCUCCCGCGCACAGCGACGAAGAAGAAGAAGCCGCUUUCGCCGGAGAACGCAAGCAGACCCAUUCCCCGAGGAUGGCCAUGUACUCGACGCCCGGGCGUCACGGGCGACGACGGCGGAGGACGGAGGCCGGGCCGAUGUCGGAUGGCAUACUCGGACUUGUGGGUUCUACGCUAGACACCGAGGCCGUAUCGUGGAAGUACUGA